GUAUAACUGAUCCGCCGCGUCCUACUACAAGCACAAAUCCCCUCUUUGCAUAUUCGAUUCGUAUUAUCGGAAAAACAAAGGCGUUUUCUGAGAAAAUCGAUCCUUACUCUCACAACACGAUUCACGAUUUGAUUGGCAAAACUUCUGUUAAGCUUUCGUUCCCCUGUUUCGUGGAUGGGAGAAGCUAUAAAAUCGUGUGAAUUGUCUGGGUUUUCCGUCUCGCUGCAUCUAUUGGGGUUUCGUAUUGGAAAUCUAGGGUUUAGAUAUCAGCGAAAACUGUCGUAUGCGGUUGAAUUGUAGUAUCAUCUAGUGAGGGUUUGAAGUGUAAAUUAUUGAAAAAUUUAGCGUUCGUAUCGGCUAUCCCGAGAGUGUAAUUUGGUCUCAGAUGUGAAAUUAGGGCUUGUAUUUAGAGGUCAACACCGAAUCUGUUGAAUCGGAAGUUUGGACGAUGAUAACUAAACGGCCUCUGAGAUUUGAUAUGCCGAACCCGAAGCGUUGCAAGGUUGAAGAGCCUUGCCAUGAAGAAGUGGAAUAUGAGUACGGCUUAAUUCCGAAGAAUCGCAAAACAAUAGCAUACAGUUCGAUUGAUAAGCAUGGUGGAUUUGAAGAUUCAAGCAGUGGGUCAGGUUCGUGGUCCGCAGAGGGAUCGUUAUGGGCUAGCGAAGUCGAAUCCAAAUCAGCGUUUUUGAAGAAUCGGAGCUUUGAAAAGUCUCGUCCUCCAUUACUCAAACCAUCACGAGGACGAGUUCAAAUGCUUCCUUCGCGGCUCAGUGACUCGGUCAUUGAUGUGUUGAACAACAGGGAUGAUGAACUAAACGAAUUGGAUACGAGCUUUGGGAAGGUUGGAUCGAUAGAAAAUCGGAAGAAGUUUGGUAAAAGAAGAUGUAGAUACAGUGAAUUGGGGUUUGUGGAGAAUAGUUCGAGAUUCGAAAGCUCGAAGCCUUAUCCAUGUUGUGAGAAGGACCAUGACAGAGAAGUUGGUUGUGUAGGGUUCAACAAAUUUUAUUCUAGAAAAUAUAGUAGAAAACGGUCGGUUUCCCGUGGUUCUUUGAUGUCAAUAGGUGAUGUUAAUUCUUCGGCAUUGAUAGAAAAUAAGGAGUAUAUGUCUGGGUAUAGAUACAAUGGUUUACAGAAAUUGAGAGAAGAAAGAAGUGUAAAGAAAAAGGACUCGUACAGACCAGAGGACUUUGCUCUGGGAGACCUAGUUUGGGCUAAAUGUGGGAAGAGAUUCCCAGCUUGGCCCGCUGUAGUAAUUGAUCCCAUAUUAGAAGCUCCUGAAUCCGUGCUGAGAUGCUGUGUUCCUGGCGCUCUCUGUGUGAUGUUUUUUGGGUUCUCCAAAAAUGGAAAGCAAAGGGAUUAUGCUUGGGUGAAACAAGGAAUGAUAUUCCCAUUCUCAGAAUUCUCGGACAGAUUUGGCGGCCAGACCCAGAUGUACAAGUGCAAACUGAGUGACUUUCAUUUAGCUCUGGAGGAGGCAAUUAUGGCAGAAAAUGGUUUUCAUGAGACAGAAAAUGAAAUUGCCUUCCUAGAUUGUAGAGAAUCUCAUCCCAGUGGUAUUCACGGUGCCUCCAAUUCAAGUGAGGAUAGGGAAUUUCUCUCUCAAAACCAGAAUGCAUGUAAUAAAGACAUGAGACAGUGUUCUGCCUGUGCCUUGUUGCUUCCGUUAAAAUCUUUGAAAAAAAUGAAGGGUUCAACAGGUGAGGCCCAAUUAUUGUGCAAGCAUUGUGCCAAGUUACUGAAAUCAAAACAAUAUUGUGGCAUAUGCAAGAAAAUUUGGCACCAUUCAGAUGGUGGGAGUUGGGUGUGUUGUGAUGGCUGUAAUGUUUGGGUGCACGCUGAGUGUGAUCAAAUUUCCAGCAAGCUUUUGAAGGAUCUGGAGCACAUUGAUUAUUAUUGUCCUGAUUGCAAAGCAAAGUUUAAAUAUAAAUCAUUGGAUAUCGAGAAAAGGCAGCCAGAACAUAGGUCUAUUGGAAGCAGAGGACAAAUUUUGCCACCUGACGCUGUUACUGUAGUGUGCAAUGGCAUGGAAGGAGUUUACAUUCCAAAACUUCAUCUAAUUGAGUGCAAAUGCGGUUCAUGUGGGUCAAAGAAGCAGACACCAAGUGAAUGGGAAAGACACACAGGAUGCAGAGCGAAAAAGUGGAAAUACAGCGUGAAAGUCAAGGGCACAAUGCUACCCCUGGAAAAAUGGAUUGCUGACUAUAAUAAUAUGCACGGAAUAUAUCCUUUAAAUUUGGAUUAUGAGAAGCUUCUGGCUUUUUUACAAGAGAAGUACGAGCCUGUGCAUUUUAAAUGGACUACAGAAAGAUGUGCUAUCUGCAGAUGGGUAGAAGACUGGGAUUAUAACAAGAUUAUUAUCUGCAAUAGGUGUCAAAUAGCCGUCCACCAAGAAUGCUAUGGGGCAAUCAAAGUUCAGGAUUUUACUUCGUGGGUUUGUAGAGCAUGUGAAACACCUGAAGUUGAGAGGGAGUGCUGCCUUUGUCCUGUAAAAGGUGGUGCUAUGAAGCCGUGUGAUAUUGACCCGCUGUGGGUUCAUGUCACAUGUGCUUGGUUUCGGCCUGAAGUUGGUUUCUCCAAUCAUGAGAAUAUGGAACCCGCCAUUGGAAUACUUAAAAUUCCAGCAAAUUUGUUUUUGAAGACUUGUGUCAUUUGCAAGCAGACUCAUGGUUCCUGUGCUCAAUGUUGCAAAUGUGCCACUUAUUUUCAUGCAACAUGUGCAUCUAGAGCGGGAUACAGUAUGGAAUUGCAUUGUUCAGAGAAGAAUGGGAGUCAAAUUGUCAAAAAGUCGAUAUACUGUGCUGUUCACAGGAAGCCGAGCCCAGAAAGUGUUGUAGUUGUGCAUACUCCUUCAGGGGUGGUUUUUGCUCCCAGAAGCAUGCUUCAGAACGAGAAUGGGUGCUUCAGGGUUUCAAGGUUGGCUUCAUCUAAGCAAAUGGAACUUCCUGAACCCUCAACCUCAGAAGCUGAGUAUUUUGAGCCUCUCUCUGCGGCAAGAUGCCGGAUUUUUAAAAGAUCAAUCAUUAAGAGGGCUGAAAGGGAGGCAAUAUUCCAUCUAUUGUCAGGGCCAAGCCAUCACUCUCUAAGUGAAUUGUGUAGCUUGAGCACAUGUAAGGAAACAGAAGAUUCUACUGUUUUCUCUUCAUUCAAAGAAAGACUUCAUCAUUUACAGAAAACCGAAAAUCGUCGGAUUUGUUUUGGUAAAUCUGGUAUACAUGGAUGGGGCCUCUUUGCACGCAGAAACAUUCAGGAAGGAGAAAUGGUUGUUGAAUAUCGUGGUGAGAAGGUUAGACGGAGUGUCGCAGAUCUAAGAGAGGCUCGAUACCAUUUUCAGGGCAAAGAUUGCUAUCUGUUCAAGAUCAGUGAGGAAGUUGUGAUAGAUGCCACAAACAAGGGGAAUAUAGCGCGGUUGAUUAACCACUCAUGUAUGCCCAAUUGCUAUGCGAGAAUCAUGAGCGUGGGUAGUGAGAGCAGGAUAGUUCUUAUUGCCAAAGCCAAUGUGUCCGCCGGUGAAGAGCUAACGUAUGACUACUUGUUUGAUCCCGACGAGCAUGAUCAAUUGAAGGUCCAUUGCUUGUGUAAAGCUCCCAAUUGCAGAAAAUUUUUGAACUAAGCCAUUUUUCUCAUGCUUGCAAAAUUUCUUCUGAAUUUUUGAUAUAUUCAGUAAUUUUUUUUUGAAUCUCAAUAAUGUAAAUUCACUGAAGAGCAUUCUUAUCAUUUUUUUUUUUUUAUAAAUUGAUGAUAUAGAUAUUAUUGUUGGCGCUUUGUAAUUUU